UCAUCGCUUCACCACACCUCCAAAAUGUCUACCGCCACCAUCACCAUCGGCAUCACCACCAUAAUCCUCCUUCUCACCUCCACAUCUGCCGCCCCAAUCUUAGGUCUAGACGCCUUCUUCUCUCGCCAAUCUCACCUCGAUCCAUCAGCCACCAACGACACUUUCCUUUCUCUCCCACCUUCCCUCAAAAAAUCCCUAACCACCGCCACAAACCACCACCAUCAACCACCACCAACCACCGCAUCACUUCUAUCCUCCCUCCAUCUCACCGUCCCAAUCAUCAUCAAACUCAUCGGCCCACGGUCUUCCUUCCCCCCAGACUCCGAUCACCUCCUCCACUCUUUCCUCUCCGCCGCCGUCACCUCCGAUCACUUCCACGUCAUAACCCCUUCUCUUUCAAACACUAACUCUCUUUCUCUCACACACUCCCCAUCUCUCCACAUCUCUCUCUCGCCUAAAUCCCUCACUUCUACCCUUUCCACCACCAUCCAAUCACAGCUCGCCACGUCGCCUUCCUCCCUCAGAUCCCCCCUCAUUUCCAUCCCUCAUUCCCCAAUUGAUGACGUCAUCCGCAAAGAUUAUGAUUCCGAAACACCCCAUAAUAAAGAUGCAAUCUUUAUCUACAUUCUGAACUUGGGUUCUCAAGGGAAACCAUAUGCUUAUAGAUAUACAGAUUCUGGUGAAUCAUCUGUUGGUGUUACUAAGUGUUCUGGAAGCAUUUACGCCUCGCAAAGCCGGUAUUUGUGGAUCGAUUUGAGCGCAGGACCUGUCGACUACGGGCCGGCUUUAUCCGGUGAUGGGGUUUUGCCCAAAGGUGAGUUUCAUCCUUUAACUGCAUUACAUGGUAGACCUAAGUCACAAAAAGCUUUACUUGCUGACAUUGCUUCUUUGAUAUAUAGUGCUUAUAAGGUCCUUUUAGUUCCGUCUUUAAGAAUCCCUGUUCCUUUCGAGAAUUCCUUAGUUGUUCAGUUUAUACAUAUACAUGGCCCGGAAUAUGAUUCUAGAGGUUUGGAUUUUGGACUAAUUGAGAAGAAUUUGAAAGAUGAGGGUGGGUUGCUGUUUGAUGAUCAAAAUUUGAGUUUUAACAAGUAUGAUGUUGAUAUGGGGGAAUGUAGUAUUUGUUCGUUUGCUGUUUCUCUUUCGACUACCUCUUAUACGUCUAGGUACUUGUUUGAUAACUAUACAUUGAUUGUUAGCGAGUAUUUGGAUUCUAAACGUAUUCAUCAGACAUUGUCUGAGUCACAAGAUGAGAUUAGGAGGUUAGCUAAGCUUCCAGAAGAUGAUUUUGGUCGGGUUUUACCGGUUUAUAUUUUUGACCUGGAAGUGAAUUCAAUAUUGUUGCUUGACCGGUAUCAUCAGUCUGUUGCCUUUAAGGAUAUGGUGAUUUCCGUUAGGACCAAGAAUACGCAGACAGUUAGUGAUUAUAGUUGUAACGGGCGUCAUGUGUUCACUCAAACUAGGGAACUUGAGAGGCCACUUGUGGGUUCGAUUUUGCAGAGUAUGUGGGGUGUGUCACCUACCCAUAUGGUUUGGAGUGCGCAACAUAAUAGCACACUGGUUGAUUAUACUUGGAGUGUUGGACAUACCCCAUUUGGCCCGUUUUCAGAGCUUUCUACGUUGUCUUUUAUACAAAAGGAUGCUGCUAGAAGGAAUGUUUUGGUAACGUCUUUGAAUUACACCAUCACAAGUGCGAUUGAUGUUCUUGAAUCCAUAGCUGCCCAUGGUGGUGAAAGAAAGCUUCUGCCACAUACUCAACUUUCAGAGUUUUUACAAAGAUGGAAUUUCUUCAAAUACAAGAUCGAUAAAGUGGUUUCUUCGUUGUCACAUUUGGACUUUGAAAUGGGUUUAUAUUACUUGAGGUCUUCUGAUCAUGAUCUGUAUGCGAUCCAUUCUCUUGUGUAUCAUGCAUCUCAAGACUUGGAGGCGUCACUUGUUUGCUUUGAGGACCCACCGUUUCCAUGGGCAUCAUUUCUGAUGUCUGUUGGUAUUUUCUUUGUUCUUGUAUAUGCUUAUUCGCAAAGAGAAAAACUGUUUAGCAACAAAAGGAAGCAGUUUUAGACUUUUAGUGCUGGAAAUGACAAAUUGGUGUAUGACUGUAAGGUGAAAUGGUUCAAGGAACAUGCUGGCUUGUUUUAGAUAUACUUUCUUUUUUUCAUAGUGGAGAUUUCAGCUCUUGUUUGUCCCUCCAUUUACUGAUAAUGAAGUUAAGUUGGAUAGAAUUUCUGUCACCUUAUUUUGCGUUGUGUUUAGUCCGGCCGUUUUUUCUGUUUUGUAUUC